AUGGCUCUAUUAGUUUAUGUAGAUGAUAUUGUGAUCAGGAGCUCCUCAAUGAAAGCUACAGCUGAUGUGAAGAACUAUUUGAGCUCCAAACUCAAAUUGAAAGAUCUUGGAAGUCCAAAAUACUUCAUUGGACUUGAAAUAGCAAAGUUGAAAGAAGGGAUUUGUAUCUCUCAAAUAAAAUACACACUGGAUAUGCUUGAAGAUUAUUGUUUAUUAGGCUUAAAACCUAUUUCCACUCCAAGUGACUACAAUCACAAAUUGUCACAAGCUAUUGAUGUUGAUGUUCUAUCCAAUGCCAUUAAAUACAAACAAUUGGUCUCGUAUAAUUUGGUUUCCUCUCUUGUGGCCGUUUUGGCCCCUCAGACCUAUGCUCGCGCCUGGCUGCCCUCUGUGGUUGCUCAUGAUCUUCAGUUGUUUGAGUAUUCAAUCUUAAGCAAUCCAAUUAUUUUGGCAACAUCAUCUGAUCCAACAAGGUUGGUCAUUAAUCUCAUCCACCGAGAUUCCAUUCAUUCUCCUUAUUACGAUAAGAGAGAAGACUUCACCGCCCGCUUAGAACACACCAUGCAGAUUAGAAGAACUUUGCCCACCGUUGAUAUUCAACCUGACAUUCAUCCAAGCGGUUUCCUUUUUUUAGUAAAUUUCUCUAUAGGCCAACCACCUAUUCCUCAACUAGCAAUAAUGGACACUGGAAGCAGCCUCUUAUGGGUUCAAUGUCAACCUUGCCGUCGAUGCUUUAAACAGUAUAGUCCAAUAUAUGAUUCAAGAAGCUCCUCCACAUAUACGAUAUUGCCAUGCACUUCUGUGUAUUGUAUCUAUUUACAACCUCCUACUGCCUCAUGCACCUCGUCCGACCCAUGUCAGUAUCACCAGCAAUAUCUUAACUUUGUCGAUUCAAUAGGAACCCUUGCCAAAGAGCAAAUUAGUUUUAGAACAUCAGAUGAUGGUUUGGCUGCCCUGCAUGAUGUGAUAUUUGGGUGCAGUUCCAAUAAUGGAGACCUCCAACGGGAUGGAGAUGGGGUCGAAGGAGAUUCAACAACUUUGGAAGUAAUCGAUGGCCACUAUCAUGUUCUUCUUGAAGGCAUUAGUGUCGGAGAGCAAAGGCUUCCAAUAAAUCCUUAUAUAUUCAGAAGGACAAAGGAGAACGUUGGAGUGAUUAUUGACUCCGGUACGGUUUCUACUUGGCUAAUAAAAGAAGGGUAUGAUGCAGUUGUCAAGCAAGUCCAAAGUCUUCUAAAUCCCUGGUUGACACAAAUUGAUGAUGUGUGCUACAAGGGAAAAAUAAAUCAAGACCUCAUUGGAUUUCCAACAGUGACAUUUCAAUUUGUUGGAGGAGCUGAAUUGGUGCUAGAUACGCAGAGUUUGUUUAUUCAAAUGAAGCCUAAUGAAUUUGCCUUGCUGUGCAACAAAGUAAGGGCAACUACUCUUUAA